AUGCAGCUAUGCAAAGUGUGCAGCGAGCAGACACCAAAAUACAAAUGUCCAGCCUGCGAAAUAAGAUAUUGCUCUCUUCCCUGUUACAAGCGGCAUAAAGAUUUGUGCCUUCCUGUUGAGAAGCUUCCACCCAAUGCAGCAAAGGAUGCAGUCUGUACUGUUGCAGACACAUGGAGCAUUGAGGAUCUUCUGCACAAAGAGGACAUUGCCGAUGUUGUACCUCUAGAGAACCUUCAGUUAUUGGGUCAGUCAAAAGAACUUAAAGAUCUUCUUUGUAAUCCUCACCUGAGGGAGCUAUUAAGGGCCAUUGACAGUGCAAACAACAAGGAAGAAGCAAUGAAGGCAGCUAUGCAGGAGCCUUUAUUUGUAGAGUUUUCGGAUCAAUGUUUGAAGGUUGUAGAAAAAGAAGAUCCGUGA